CUGGCACUCGAUGAAACUCUUGGAUAACUUACAACUCGAGACACUCACUGUUCGACUCUCGCGCUGUAGUCGGAGGUACGCUCUCGAUGUUAAGAUAGAAAGCUAUUCCUGCAAAAUGGUGACUGAAGAAAAACGUCAGUUCAAGAAACUGCUUGCCAAACUAUUGGACGAAGGUCUGCAACCAUCAUUUCUGAAACUGAGCUCUUCGCGAACCCUCCGAGGCUAUCGUGAUCUGACCGGUAGUAGUCUUGACCGUGAGGCUUUCAGAAUGAGCACUUUCCAAGCUGAGCCUGAUGUUAAUCCUCAGUCAUUGAGUCGCUCACGAAACGUAUCAUGCUACUCUGAAGGAGGUAGCGCUGAUUCUCAGCCAAAACCUUCACAUCCCUUCAUAUCUGCGAAGGAACUUUUUUGCUUAAUGAGCACCAUCACUCUCUCUUUCGACUCCACUUACGACUUUUUGGACAAGACUAGUGAAGAUUUUUGUCUUGAGCCAGAGCUAGCGAUUGUGAGGAAUUAUAUUUCGCAUUUUUGUUCAAUUUACGUGGACAAGUAUGAGGCUCUUGCACCGAAGUUGUGGAGUACAAUUGACGCAGAGAUCGUGCCUCACAGAUGUGUCAUCUACAGUUACAAACCAAAUCACUCGACGGACCCAUAUAGCAGGCGGUGUCUUGCUUCCUUCAACUACUUCUUCUUUAAUCGUAACCUGAAGCGUAUUCUUUUCUUUUCACUUUGUGUUCUGAAUGAAACGCCAGUGGAUGAUUCAUAUGGUGAUAUGCAAGACAUUUUCUGA